AUGAAUAAUAAUAAAAUAAUUUAUGCUAAAUUAUUUUGGAUAUUUUUUGUCUUAUUUCAAAUUAUUUUGGCACAACAAGAAUUAGAUCAAUAUCGCCAACUUCAUUGUUCUACACCCGAUGGAUUGACAAAAGCUGGCCCGGAUUUAGCAAAAUGCCGUUUAAUUUUAAAAGAUAAAGAAAUUGAAAAAGGAAGGGAGGCACCGACAGAUGAUUUGGGGUGUUUUGCUGCUAAUGAAAAAUUGAAAGAAGAAAUUAAUGCAAAUAAUAAUAAAAAAACAAAGAAAGCAUUAAAUACUAACCAAAAACAACAAAAAAGAAUUAUUUGUAAUUUGGCAUGUCCGAAUGCUUCUAUUUGGUUUCACAGCCCUAUAGAACAGGGACAUAAAGCUUGUUUUAAAGGACUUGGUUAUGGGUUGGAGGAAAGAGAAAAUGAAUGGUAA